UUGUAUGUCACUACCGUUAACGUAUCGUAUUCAGCCUGUAAGGCGGCUGCCUUGUCGGCGUCGAUGCUGACGAGGCGCAAGUCGUCCAAGUCGGACGGCACGCAGCGGAAGCGGCGUGGAGAGUCUGUGAUCGCCCUCACCGAGAUCAUCAACCUCGAGACGAGUGCCAUCAGCAGGAAGCCCUCGGAGAUUCUGCAGAACGAUGUUCUGAAGGAGCUGGUGAGACUGGCAUGUCUUCUGUCGAUGAUCUCCGUGUGCCUGCACACUCCGGAAACGAUUCAGCUCUGGCCACCGCUCAACUAUGCGAUUUUCGCUAACGACUGUAUUGUGACUUUGGUGUUUCUCGUCGAAGCCGCUAUUCACAUACAUCAUGUUGGUUUAUGGGAGGAUGAGUCGUCGUAUUUACGAGCCAGAUGGUCGCAGUUCGAUCUGUUCAUGUUACUGAUGCACGUGCUGUCGUGCGCUCUGCACUGCUACGAGUUGCUCACCAUUUUCGUGCCAUCGCUAGGACUCGUCUACCGCCCAUGGUUCGGUGUGAUCCGCUCUCCUCGUCCGUUCAUCAUGCUGCGUUUUAUUCGGUCUCUCUUUCGCUUUAAGUUACCUCGAAAUCGUAUCAAGCAGAUUAUUAAGAGAUCUUCACAACAAAUACAAAACGUUACCAUCUUCUUUAUGUUCUUUAUGGCUCUCUAUGCAAUCAUGGGUGUUCAGUUGUUCGGCCGUAUGGAUUACCACUGUGUGCUGAGUGGCACUGAUCCUCGAAACGUCACCAUCGCCGACCUAGCGAUUCCGGAUACGAUGUGCUCGCAAAAAGGUGAAGGAGGCUACGAAUGUCCAGACAAUAUGGUGUGCAUGAAGCUAGACAUGUCUGCGCACGUCGAGGGAUUCUAUGGGAUGUUUAACGACUUUGCUUCAUCGUUGUUCACCGUCUACAUGGCGGCUUCGCAAGAAGGCUGGGUUUACGUGCUGUACGACUGUCUGGACACUUUGCCGUCAUAUGUCGCCUUCUUCUACUUUGUCACUUUGAUAUUCUUCCUGGCGUGGCUUGUCAAGAACGUCUUCAUCGCGGUGAUCACUGAGACGUUUGCCGAAAUUCGAGUCCAAUUUAGUGAGAUGUGGCAAAGUAACACCAGUGCUUCGGAAGAAACCUAUACACAAAGACUAGAACGUUUUGAAGGUGGAUGGCGCCUUGUCGAAAUCGACCACUAUAGUCGAAACACCAACAGCCCACAGUUUCUUCAUGCGGUUGUGAACAGUACAACGUUCCAAAUUUCGAUGAUGGUGUUGGUACUUCUAAAUGCGCUCAUCAAUGCCUCUUUCGUCUACCGACACGAUCACUCUGAUAUCGUACGUAAAGAGAUCUACUACUACAUCGAGGUCUGCUUUACGGUACUGUUCAACGUCGAAGCUUUUCUGAAAGUGAUUGGUUAUGGCAGCAGAGGAUAUCUACGACGCGGUCAACAUAAAUUCGAACUCAUUCUUUGUGUUGGAUCGACCCUGAAUCUGAUUCGUCCUCUCUACAAUAUGAACAUCUUCACCUACUUUCAAGUGUUUCGCAUUGUUCGUCUUAUCAAGGCGUCGCCAAUGCUCGAGGACUUCGUCUACAAGAUAUUCGGUCCCGGUAAGAAGCUUGGAGGUCUCGUCAUCUUCACCAUGGUGCUUCUCUUCAUCACCUCAGCAAUUUCGUUGCAGUUGUUCUGCUACGUACCCAAUUUGAAGAAGUUCACAACUUUUCCGAUGGCAUUUAUGUCGAUGUUCCAAAUUAUCACACAAGAAGGAUGGACAGACGUCGUUGUCGAGAUCCUUAGGGCCACCAACGAUUCCAUGGUUCCCUUCGUCGCCAUCUACUUCGUCGGCUAUCAUCUGCUCGUCACACUGAUUGUGCUGAGCCUGUUCGUCGCUGUGAUUCUUGACAAUCUGGAAAUGGACGAAGAACUGAAAAAGGUGAAACAGCUAAAAGCAAGAGAGCAGAACACCAUAAAAACCACUCUACCAUGGCGUCUGCGAGUAUUCGACAGAUUCCCGACAAGACCUCAUAUGAUUUCUCUAAAAAAGGUGACGUCAGAAUUUCCCCUGCCAAAAAUCCGCGACUCAUUUACGCGUCAGUUUGCCGACGAGACUGACUGCAGCAAAGAAGGGAAUGACGGUACGGUACGCGGCGGAUACCCAAAAAAAACUGUAAGGAGGAAAAGUUCCCAGUUUUUCUCUUGCAGUGAAUCAAAUCGAAAUCGUGCGAUAUAUUCCGAUUCGAAUCAAAUUCUGCCGCCUAUUGGAAGAUCUACGCCAAAAACUUCCAACGACGUCAUCUACUUAAGGGAUUCGCGUACACGUGGAUUCCAGUCGAUAAAGGGCAAGAAUCACAUUGACGGAUUGAAAGAAAACGGCGACGUCCGUCCAUCCGACUCGGCUCCUAAAAAAGAGCCAAAACAGGGCGAAAUAGACAUCAAAGCACUUCAACAAAAACGUGCCCAUGCGGAGAUCACACGCAAUCGAAUUGAAGAAGAGAUGAGGGAGAAUCACCCACUUUUUGAUCGACCGCUGUUCGCUAUUGGAAGGGACUCACGCUUGAGACUGCUCUGCCAGAGCAUUGUAUACGCGCAGUACUCUCCUGGACGCAUUGAUCCUGUCACCGGGAAACAAAUCGUACUCAAAUACAAGCAACUGCAUGACUUCAUCGGGCUUAUGACAUACCUCGAUUGGACCAUGGUGUUCGUCACAUCGCUUUCGUGCUGGUCUAUGCUCUUUGAGAGUCCUUGGCCAACAACCGGAGAAAAUCUCAUUUUUAAUAAUCCAUACCUUCAGAUUACCGAAUAUCUUUAUGUCGUUGCGAUGACGUUCGAAUUAGUGAUGAAAGUGAUUGCAAACGGUUUGUUCUUUACACCGAAGGCCGUUGUGAAGGACGUUGGUGACAUCAUGACGUUUUUCAUUUAUUUUACUAGUGUCAUCUACUUACUAUGGAUGCCAUCUCAUGUUGAGAUAAACUCAUGGGCUCAGCUGUUGAUGAUCAUGCGAGCAAUGCGUCCACUUCGCAUCUACACUUUGGUGCCCCAUAUUCGUAGAGUUGUGGUGGAGUUGUGUCGUGGAUUCAAAGAGAUUCUUUUGGUGACCAUUUUGCUGAUCGUGCUGAUGUUUGUGUUCGCGAGUUUCGGUGUGCAGAUCGUUGGAGGGAAGCUAGCAGCUUGUAAUGAUCCAAAAAUCACAUCUAGAGAAAAUUGCACUGGCAUAUUCGAGCAGAAGUUAUUCGUUACACGGAUGGAGGUGUACGGAAAAAACGACGACAAACUCCAUCCGAAGAUCCUCGUGCCUCGUGUAUGGACAAAUCCUCGGAAUUUCAACUUUGAUCACAUUGGGAACGCUAUGCUUGCCUUGUUCGAAACCUUGUCCUACAAGGGUUGGAAUGUUAUUCGCGAUAUUCUCUACCUCCGACAAGGACCGUGGGCUGUAUUGUUUAUCCACAUUUACGUCUUCAUUGGCUGCAUGAUCGGUCUAACACUGUUCGUCGGCGUCGUAGUUGCCAACUACACGGAGAAUCGAGGGACAGCACUUCUCACGGUUGAUCAACGACGAUGGCACGAUCUUAAGGCGAGGCUCAAGAUGGCACAGCCGUUGCACGUACCCCCGAAACCACCUGAAAGCUCAAAAUUGCGCAGCUAUCUCUACGAUCUUACUUUGAGCAAAGCUUUCAAGCAGUCGUUCGCCAUCCUUGUGGUGGUGAACUCAUUUACACUUGUCGUACCGUGGAACGUCGAAGAGGAGAAGCAGCGACGGAACGUCUUAUUCGGUCUGACGGUGCUGUCAGCGUUUUGCAAUAUUCUCUUCACUGUUGAGAUAAUACUCAAGUCGGUCGCGUUCACAGUGCGAGGAUUCUGGCAAUCGAGAAGAAAUCGUGGAGAUUUCAUGAUCACUGUGCUCGGCUUGCUGUGGAUCGUCUUUCAUUUUCUGUUCCAAGUUCCUGCUUACUUCGUGGGAGGGAUCAAUGAAUGGAAGAGACUCACCUAUACGUUCGGAUAUAUGGUCGUCAUUUUGCGGUUUUUUACAAUUGCCGGUCGAAAGUCGACGUUGAAGAUGCUGAUGUUGACGGUGUUGAUGUCAAUGGUGCGUUCCUUGUUCAUUAUCGCCGCCAUGUUCCUACUUGUGUUGUUCUAUGCCUAUACCGGAGUGAUCCUCUUUGGAAUGGUGAAAUACGGUCAGGCAGUCGGCAAGCACGUGAACUUCCGCAAUGGCCGCGAAGCACUGGUAGUUCUGUUUCGGUCGGUGACUGGCGAAGACUGGAACGAUAUCAUGCACGAUUGCAUGCGCUCUCCGCCGUUUUGCUAUUGGGCUGAGGGCCUGAACUAUUGGGAGACGGAUUGCGGGAACUAUUUCGGUGCAAUCGUCUACUUUUGUUCAUUCUAUCUCAUCAUUACUUACAUCGUGCUUAACCUACUUGUUGCUAUCAUUAUGGAGAACUUCUCGUUGUUCUAUUCGAGUGAAGAGGAUGCACUACUUUCUUACGCCGACAUCCGGAACUUCCAACAAGUCUGGAACUAUGUGGACGCCGAUCAGAAACGUUCUAUCCCAACGCGACGGGUUAAAUUUCUGCUCCGACUGCUCCGCGGACGGCUCGAGGUGGAUCCGAACAAGGAUCGGCUGCUCUUCAAGCAUAUGUGCUAUGAGAUGGAGAGGUUGCACAACGGCGAGGAUGUUUCGUUUCAUGAUGUACUCAAUAUGCUAUCUUAUCGAAGCGUGGACAUUCGUAAGAGCCUCCAACUAGAAGAAUUACUUCAACGAGAGGAAUUAGAGUAUUUAAUCGAAGAAGAAGUGGCUAAGCAGACAAUUCGCGCUUGGUUUGAGAUGUGUCUGCGGCGAAUUAAACAGAAGGAAACUACGGUCGGUGUCUUUCUGGUGGGUACUCUAGUCAUAGUGUGGUCAGUGUCGUUGGCCAUUUUAGGAGGCAGCAAAAAGAAGCAACGUCGUCGCAAUUCCAUCCCAGAACUCGUUGGCGAGGCGAGGAAAUUCAUGCUGGAGAAAACCGCCGAGUCCAAGAACAUCAAAGAUCGUCGUGGGACCCUAAAACAACUGCAGGUGAUUCUAUCAAAUCUGUUCAGAAAAUCAAAGAACUUUUUGCCUUGGUAA